GAUCAUUCAUGAAGGUCAAAAACGAGAAACCGAGGAAGAUAAGAGAACUUGAGGUAGUUGCUAUAAAACGAUCUACUGAUACGCAGUUAUUGUACUGAAUUUGAAAAAAAAAAUGAAAACUGUUUUGGCACUAUUUACAAUUAUAGCUGCGGCAGCGGCAUUUGAUUGCUUUGGAAGAAACAACUCAUGUGCAAAUUCCCAUGUGAAAUGCGACACAGGGUACGAUCCUUUCUGUGAACACUUUCCCGGUCCAAUGGGCAUGCGUGUUGGAAUAUGCACCUGCGAUAAAGAUUGCACCUCUGCAGCUGACUGCUCAAACACAGGCGCUGACGGUUGCCCUCCUAUGGCACAUCCGGCUUGCGAUGCUGUACAUCACGUCUGUCAUUGCUUUGGACCACACACUAGACCACCACAUUUCGAAAACGAGUCAUCAUAAAAGCUUUUGUAAUACAACUAAAACAAUUUGUAAUGAAAAUAUGACUUACAA